GUAAAGCCGAAGGCUUGUACGUGGCCCAGGUGAAUCUGGUCCGUCUGAGUCCUGGCUGAGGAACUUCUCUUGGUGUUUGGGGCCGCAGGAAUCGGAAAAACCAUGGAUGACUCACACACGCUCUGAGAUCUCCUAUAGAUCUGGGUUUUCCUGGAAACCUGCAUAAACUUGGAUUAUCCUCUGCAUAGGAUUGUAGAACAGACCUAUGGUGAAGCGACUUCCAGUCAUUUGGAAAGGAUGGGAUGAAAAGGAACCUUGGUGAUAAUUUUGAUGUCUGCAAGAUUUAGUACCAGUGUAAUGGGAUUAUCGGUAACACCUUCACUGCAGAAAAAGCCACCUGGCGUUAUAACUGGCAGCAACUGAGAACUAAUCCUUUCCCAUCUCUUGGAUGUCAUUCAUGAAGCUCAAAGCGAUUUCUGCCCUGCUAACUGUGAUUAAUUUUAUAAACAACAACAAAAACCAGGUAGAAUUAGAAUUUUGAACCACAGGCUUCAAGGUACAAGCCUGUAAUCCCAGCUACUUGGGAAGUGGAAACAAGAACUUUGCAGAUUCAAGGCCUGCCUGGGCUAAAAGGCUGGUGGUGGCAGAGUCAACAUCGAAGUAUGCUUCGUGGUGUUCUGGGAAAGGCCUUUCGACUUGCUGGCUACACCAUUCAGUAUGGCUGUAUAGCUCAUUGUGCUUUUGAAUAUGUUGGUGGUGUUGUAAUGUGUUCUGGACCAUCAAUGGAACCCACAAUUCAAAAUUCAGAUAUUGUCUUUGCAGAAAAUCUUAGCCGACACUUUUACGGCAUCCAAAGAGGUGACAUUGUAAUUGCAAAAAGUCCUAGUGAUCCAAAAUCAAAUAUCUGUAAAAGAGUAAUUGGUUUGGAAGGAGACAAAAUCCUUACCACUAGUCCAUCUGAUAUCUUUAAGAGCCGUAGUUAUGUGCCAACAGGUCAUGUUUGGUUAGAAGGUGAUAACUUACAGAAUUCUACCGAUUCCAGGUAUUAUGGGCCUAUACCAUAUGGACUAAUAAGAGGACGGAUCUUCUUUAAGAUUUGGCCUUUCAGUGACUUUGGAUUUCUGCGUGACAGCCCAAAUGGCCACAGAUUUUCUGAUGAAUAAUAAGUAUUUCCUUUUAACUUGAUUAUUGUCUCCUAUUCAAGUGAAUUUAUUACUAUAGUUGAAACCAUGAACUUAACAAUAAACUAUUUGCUAUUCAA